AGUGGCUUGGCCCCGGCCUCAGAGUCUGGGCGCUGUGGGUCCUUUGGGUGCCUGUGUUUCUGGGCCACGUGGCACUUCCUGGCCUUGGCUCUGCGCGGGGUCCGUGUCUCUGCAUGGACACGGUGUGCGAGGGGUGGGGCUGUCCCCCCAGUCCCCGGGGAAGUGCUGGGGAGGGGCCGGGAGGGAGGAGGAAUGUGCUGAGGAGCAGCGGCUUCGAACUGGUCAGACGACUUGGGGAAGCUGGAAGCAGGAGCCCAGAAGGUGGAGGAGAGGACGGCGGCGGUCAGAGGGACGGACCCGAGAGCGCGGCCAGGCCGACUCAGGGCGGUGACAUGAGGCUGCUCCCUGGCUGGACAGCGGUGGUACCUGUGAGCUCUCGGGGCAGGGCCUGGCCGUGGGCACAGCGACCCAGAAGAACCGCUCACACACCUGUGCCCCAGAGAUGAGGGCCUGGGAGGACGCCGAGGGCCCGACCCAGCACAAGUCCCUGGGCUCAGCAGGGACCUCCACGAGGGAGCCCCCAGGGGCCCUGCCCACAGAGCCCAAGUCUGACAUGUUGUACAAGCUCGAGGACGUGCCACCCUGGUACCUGUGCAUCCUGCUCGGCUUCCAGCAUUACCUGACCUGCUUCAGCGGCACCAUCGCUGUGCCCUUCCUCCUGGCGGAGGCGCUGUGUGUGGGCCGUGACCAGUACAUGGUCAGCCAGCUCAUUGGCACCAUCUUCACCUGUGUGGGCAUCACCACCCUCAUCCAGACCACACUGGGCAUCCGGCUGCCGCUGUUCCAGGCCAGCGCCUUUGCAUUUCUGGUCCCAGCCAAGUCCAUCCUGGCACUGGAGAGAUGGAAAUGCCCCCCGGAAGAGGAGAUCUACGGUAACUGGAGCCUGCCUCUGAACACCUCUCACGUCUGGCAUCCACGCAUGCGAGAGGUCCAGGGUGCAAUCAUGGUGUCCAGCAUGGUGGAGGUGGUGAUUGGGCUGACGGGGCUGCCUGGGGCCCUGCUCAGCUACAUUGGGCCUCUUACAGUCACCCCCACCGUCUCCCUCAUUGGCCUCUCUGUCUUCCAAGCUGCUGGUGACAGAGCUGGCUCCCACUGGGGCAUCUCAGCUUGCUCCAUUCUCCUGAUCAUCCUGUUCUCCCAAUACCUGCGAAACCUCACGUUCCUGCUGCCUGCCUACCGCUGGGGCAAGGGCGUCACUCUCUUCCGCGUCCAGAUCUUCAAGAUGUUUCCUAUCGUGCUAGCCAUCAUGACCGUGUGGCUGCUCUGCUAUGUCCUCACCCUGACGGACGUGCUGCCCCCCGACCCCACAGCCUAUGGCUUCCAGGCACGAACAGACGCCCGAGGGGACAUCAUGGCUCUUGCGCCCUGGAUCCGCAUCCCCUACCCCUGUCAGUGGGGGCUGCCCACAGUGACAGCGGCUGCCGUCCUGGGGAUGUUCAGUGCCACGCUGGCGGGCAUCAUCGAGUCCAUUGGCGAUUACUAUGCUUGUGCCCGCUUGGCUGGCGCGCCACCCCCUCCAGUACAUGCUAUCAACAGGGGCAUCUUCACCGAAGGCAUCUGCUGCAUUAUCGCAGGGCUGUUAGGCACGGGCAACGGGUCCACCUCAUCCAGCCCCAACAUCGGCGUCCUGGGGAUCACCAAGGUGGGCAGCCGGCGCGUGGUGCAGUACGGCGCGGGCAUCAUGCUGGUCCUGGGCACUAUUGGCAAGUUCACGGCCCUCUUCGCCUCAAUCCCUGACCCGAUCCUAGGCGGGAUGUUCUGCACCCUCUUUGGCAUGAUUACAGCCGUGGGGCUGUCCAACCUGCAGUUCGUAGACAUGAACUCCUCCCGCAACCUGUUCGUGCUUGGAUUUUCCAUGUUCUUCGGGCUCACCCUGCCCAAUUACCUGGACUCCAACCCGGGUGCCAUCAACACAGGUAUUCCUGAACUGGACCAGAUUCUGACUGUGCUGCUGACCACGGAGAUGUUUGUGGGUGGGUGCCUCGCUUUCAUCCUGGACAACACAGUGCCAGGAAGCCCAGAGGAACGAGGUCUGACACAGUGGAAGGCCGGGGCCCAUGCCCACAGCGAGAUGUCUGCCAGCCUGAGGAGCUACGACUUGCCCGUCGGGAUGAGCGUGGUGAAGAGAACUGCCUUUCUGAAAUACGUCCCUAUCUGCCCCGUCUUCAAAGGAUUUUCUUCAAGGUCAAAAGACCAGCUUCCAGUUCCGGCAGAUGCCCCAGAAAAUACAGACGCCAGGUCUGUGUGCACCAAGGUCUGAAGCAUCACUGCCAGAAAAGUGCGGGCACCUUGCCCACGGGUGUGGGCCAUUCGCCUCACAGGCGGGUAUUUGGCCCAGAUUCGGAUCCCUCCUCCUCCUCCGGGCAUCUUCCUGGAGCCCAGGAGUUACGACCUCCAGCAGAGGCAGCCUCAUUCUCUCUGUCUAGUGUGACAAACCACACGCAAGCACACGGAGGGGGGUGAGAAACAGCCGACGCGGCUCAAGAAGAGCAAAAGUUCUCUCACCUAAGUUGCCUUGUUUCAAGAGUUACUACAAUAAAAACCCCACAAAAGAGAAUGACUUCAGUUACCCUAAAACUAUGGCACACAGGGCCUUGACGGGGUGAUCCUGUGGCCCGAGGCGUUAAAAAACAACAACAAAAAAAGAAGUUUUAGGUGCAUAUUCCCUCAGGCAGACAAGCCCCAACAAAGUGAGAGCUUCACCCAGAUGACUUUUUAAUAGUACUAAGUCCCUUAAAUAGAACUUUCUAGGGCUAGGGAUUGUCUUCAGUGCCUGAUGUGUAUUAACAAAUCACACAAAAUCCUAAAAUAGAUACUAUUAUUACCACCACUUUAAUGAGUGUGGAAACUAAGGCACAGAAAGGUUGAUGCGCACACAAUCUCACUGGAUUCACAUCCGGGAAGGCUGGCUAGCCUGUGCCAUUACUCACUCGGUUAUAAUGCCUCUUUAAUGGAAGUUUAUAAUCUCUAAUUGUAUUGCAUUACGAUAAUUUGGCAGUAUGUGAAAUGAACUCGUCUGCCCCGGUCUAGGCUCAGAGAAAUGAUCUGUAAGCCUCACACACUUGGCAGCCUGCUGUGCCACUUGUGAUAAGAGAACAGAAUGGACUGGUGACAUCAUGGCUCCAAAAGUCCAGUCCAGUCAAGCAGGCUCAUCUCUGCUUCAGUCUUAAAAACGCUGUUUAUUAGUUUGAUAAGGUAGCUAUUAAAAACACCGAGCAGAGACACUCAGACCAAAGGACGCUCAGGAAGAAGGUGAACAGGAACCGACUAGAUGGUCUUCUCCAUCUUGAGCCCCCCGUGCUCAAGGCACAGCACGGGGAACAUGACCAACGACAGGAGGGCCACGAGGCCACGUUUUACAUGGACCAGGAAAGUGCUAGUUGGUUGAGUGCCUAUCUCAAAUCGAGAUGAGCCACACACAUCUAGCAAGUUAGCGUGUGAAGGGAAAAGGGGGACGGUCCAGGCCAAUCAAAACAGCAAACCUGUCCAGUCAGAGUCGCAAGAGUAUGUGAAGGGCAAAAGCUGAUGCAAGGGACACUAAGGGAGGUCAUCAUCAUACUGUCCACCCAGCAGUUUCUUCACAUGGAUACACACAGCUGCCCUGACACUGCAGCCCACGGGGAUCAAGGUGGGCUAUGGGCUUUAUUUUACUGCUCCAUUCUGUCCUUUUUUUCUGCUUUUUAGGGCCACACCGAGGCACAUGGAAGUUCCUAGGCUAGGGGUCGAAUGGAAGCUGUAGCCCCUGGCCUACGCCA